ACCAAUGUCGCGCGAAAUGCGGUUACGGAGAAUGCCGACAGUUCCUUCGGCCAAUCGGACCCCAACAUAGAAGGUGGCCUGUCCGUGGAGUUUGCGUGUGAGCGUAUCCUCGCAGGUGUGCAGAAUGGGGUGGACGUGGUUUGGAUAGCCGGACCGUUGGAAAAAAAAUUGUUUAUGCGAGCCAGUACGUGCCCAUCUUCGCCAAGUGGCUUGCUAAGAGGACAGGCAAGAAGAUGA